AUGAUACAGAAUCAAGAUGCUAUACUGGAGCAGGCCAGAACAACGGGUGAGUCAGUCGCUAAGCUUCAGUCUGAAGCUGAGAAAACUCUGCAAACAAUGGCACAUAACUGGGGGCUUCAGAGCACUAGAAUUUUUGGCUACAGCAUCGCUAAAGUAUUGGAUCGAAUUUUCGAUGCCAUUUAUGUAAACUCGAGUCAAGUGAAACGAAUACGAGAGCUUUGCAAAAGUACUUCCGUAGUGUUUAUGCCGUCGCACAGGACCUACCUCGACUUCAUACUUCUGUCGCUGUUCUGCUUUGAAUAUGAGGUCCCUUUACCUGCCAUCGCUGCUGGCAUGGACUUUAUGAACUCUUGGUUUAUGAGCGAAGUUUUACGAAGAAGUGGAGCAUUUUACAUCAGACGCUCUAUCGGAGAGGAUAGAAUAUACUGGGCAAUCCUGACGGAGUACGUGGAGACACACAUUAUUCAUUCCGACAGACCAGUAGAAUUCUUCGUUGAAGCUACGAGAAGCCGAGUUGGGAAGAGCCUCCAUCCGAAAUAUGGGCUUCUACAGAUUGUUCUUGAACCAUAUCUACGGGGGAAGGUUUACGAUAUCGCUGUUGUCCCAGUUACCAUGAAUUACGACAAGUUGUUGGAGGAAAUGUUGUACCCCUACGAAUUGCUUGGGUUCCCUAAGCCUAAGGAAUCAACAUCAGGUACGAUCAGUGCCAGAAUCAAGCCUGACCGAACUUCACUCAAAUGCUCACCCUCACUCAGCUUCACUUCU